AUGAGAGAUGAGGCACAGGGUGAGUUGGAGGUGGGUGUGGCCUGGGAAAGGCAGCCCCAGAGCCUUCCGGUGCCUCUGAAUGAGGCAAUGCUCUGGUUGUUAGCCGCAGGAAAUAAAUCAGAGGGUGAACUGACUUCCCAGACCCUGGAAUCUCGCAGCUCGCCCCCACGGGCCUUUGCACCGCCUGGCAGCCGUUCCCUUCCUCUGGGACUGGGCUUGGAGGCCACGUCCUCCCAGGAGCUGGCCGGAACUCCUGCCGCGGGGGCCGUGCCCCCGGCGCCCUCUAGUGUCGGGUUGUAUUAG